UCGGUUCCGGUUGCAUCAGCGGCGUGGGAUCCUCGGCGAAAUGAGACUGUUCGUGAGCGAGGGCGCCCCGGGAACCCUGCCUGUUCUAGUUGCAGCCGGCAGGGCCCAGGGCAGAGCGGAGCUGCUCAUCAGCACCGUAGGCCUGGAAGAGUGUGUGGUCCCCUUCUUGUCCCGGCCUAAGAUUCCUGCGUUGCAGUUGGAUAAUGGCAAUUACCUCUUCUCAACCAGUGCGAUUUGUCGAUACUUCUUUCUCUUAUCUGGCUGGGAGCAAGAUGACCUCACCAACCAGUGGCUGGAAUGGGAAGCAACAGAAUUGCAGCCAGCUUUAUCUGCUGCCCUCUACUAUUUAGUGGUCCAAGGCAAGAAGGGAGAAGAUGUUCUGAACCCGGUGCGGAGAGCCCUGACUCACAUUGACCAUAGCCUGAGUCGGCGGAACUGUCCUUUCCUGGCUGGCGAGACAGAAUCUCUAGCUGACAUCGUUUUGUGGGGAGCUCUCUACCCAUUACUCCAAGACCCAGCAUACCUUCCUGAGGAGCUGGGUGCCCUGCACACUUGGUUCCAGACCUUGAGUUCGCAGGAGCCCUGUCAGCGAGCUGUGGAGACAGUGCUGAAGCAGCAGGGGGCCCUGGCGCUCCGCCCCUACCUCCAAAAGCAGCCCCAGCCCAGCUCUCUGGAGGGGAGCACUGUCAGCAAUGAGCCUGAGGAGGAGGAGCUCGCCACGCUGUCUGAGGAGGAGAUAGCCGCGGCCGCAGCUGCCUGGGACAAGGGACUGGCAAGCUUGCCCGCCGUCCGGCCGCAGCAGAAGCCAGUUUUGCCUGUGACUGGGGAAAGGAAUGUGCUUAUCACCAGUGCCCUCCCUUAUGUCAACAAUGUCCCCCACCUGGGAAACAUCAUUGGCUGUGUGCUCAGUGCUGACGUUUUUGCCAGGUACUCACGCCUCCGACAGUGGAACACCCUCUACCUGUGUGGGACAGAUGAGUACGGUACAGCGACAGAGACCAAGGCUAUGGAAGAGGGGCUGACCCCGAAGGAGAUCUGUGACAAGUAUCACGCCAUCCAUGCUGACAUCUACCGCUGGUUUAAUAUCUCAUUUGAUAUUUUUGGCCGCACCACCACGCCACAUCAGACGACAAUCACCCAGGACAUCUUCCAGAGGCUGUUGUCCCGAGGGUUUGUGCUGCAGGAUACUGUGGAGCAGCUGCACUGUGAGCACUGUGUCCGCUUCCUGGCUGACCGCUUCGUGGAGGGGGUGUGUCCAUUUUGUGGCUAUGAAGAGGCCCGGGGUGACCAGUGUGACAAGUGCGGCAAGCUCAUCAAUGCCAUUGAGCUUAAGAAGCCUCAGUGUAAAAUCUGCCGCUCGUGCCCUGUGGUGAAAUCCUCCAGGCACCUUUUCCUGGACCUGCCUAAGCUUGAGAACCCGCUCGAGGAUUGGCUGGGGAAGACAAUGCCGGGCAGUGACUGGACACCCAAUGCCCGGUUCAUCACUCGUUCUUGGCUUCGGGAUGGCCUUAAACCACGCUGCAUAACCAGAGACCUCAAGUGGGGAACCCCUGUACCCUUAGAAGGUUUUGAGGACAAGGUGUUCUACGUCUGGUUUGAUGCCACUAUUGGUUAUUUGUCCAUCACAGCCAACUACACAGACCAAUGGGAGAAAUGGUGGAAGAAUCCAGAGCAAGUGGACCUUUAUCAGUUCAUGGCCAAAGACAAUGUUCCCUUCCACAGCUUGGUCUUCCCUUGUACGGCCCUGGGAGCUGACGACAACUACACCUUGGUCAGAAAUCUCAUUGCUACAGAGUACCUGAAUUACGAGGAUGGAAAAUUCUCUAAGAGCCGGGGCGUGGGAGUGUUCGGGGACAUGGCCCAGGACACCGGGAUCCCUGCAGACAUCUGGCGCUUCUACUUGCUGUACAUUCGGCCAGAGGGCCAGGACAGUGCCUUCUCCUGGACCGACAUGAUGGUGAAGAAUAAUUCUGAGCUGCUUAACAAUCUGGGCAACUUCAUCAACAGGGCUGGGAUGUUUGUGUCCAAGUUUUUUGGGGGUUGUGUGCCUGAGAUGGUGCUCACCUCUGAUGAUCGGCGCCUGGUGGCUCAUGUCAGCCUGGAGCUCCAGCACUAUCACCAGCUGCUGGAAAAAGUUCAUAUCCGGGAUGCCUUACGCAGUAUCCUCACCAUCUCUCGCCAUGGCAACCAGUACAUUCAGGUGAAUGAGCCCUGGAAGCGGAUCAAAGGCGAUGAAGCUGACAGACAGCGGGCAGGGACAGUGACAGGCUUGGCAGUAAAUAUAGCUGCCUUGAUGUCCAUCAUGCUCCAGCCCUAUAUGCCCACUGUCAGUGCCACCAUCCAGACUCAGCUGCACCUUCCACUUCCAGCUUGCAGUGUCCUAACCACCAACUUUGUAUGCACUUUACCAGCAGGACACCAGAUUGGCACAGUCAGUCCCUUGUUCCAAAAAUUAGAAAAUGACCAGAUUGAAAGUUUGAAGCAGCGCUUCGGCGGGGGUCAGCUAGAAGAGUGCUUGGAGUUAAAGGCAAAAGUGCCCCCCAAGGCAGCUGUUUUAGAGACCCCAACAACAGCUGGACAACAGCAGAUACAAGUCCUGGCGGAUGAAGUGACAAAACAGGGCAACAUUGUCCGAGAACUGAAAGCACAAAAGGCAGACAAGAACCAGAUUGCUGUGGAGGUCGCUAAACUCUUGGAUCUGAAAAAACAACUGGCUUUAGCUGAGGGGAAACCUCUUGAAGCCCCAAAAGGCAAGAAGAAAAAGUGAAAGUGAGAACUUGAUUGAUAGAAAGUCACUUUAAUGGAUAUGAACAGUAAUAAAUCUACAAUCUCUAUAU